UCCGGAAGACGGAGACGUCACUCGGGGAACUUCCCCGUCCGUGUUUACGAGCGAUGGAGUCGGGGUGACGAUGACGGGCUUCACGGCGUCGUUCACGGGUGACGUUCACGGGCUUCACGGCGGCGUUGAGGGGCGAGCGAGGCGAGGCAAGCAGAAAGUUCCCAAUGAAUGCAGAAGAAAGAUUACAAUGGAAUCUGGAAGAGAUAUUAACGAUAACAUUCAGCUGCAAGGAGAACUUUUGGGUUUUACGAAGAAAAGACCGGAUAAAGGCAGCAGAAACUUUCAAAUGAAAUCUGGAAGAGAUGUGAACGAUAACAUUCAGCUGCAAGAAGAACAUUUGGAUUUUAUGAAGGUAUUGCCUGAGGAGUUGAUCCUGAAGAUAUUGGUGUGCUUGGAUCCACAGAGCAUUUGCCAGUCUAUGCAAGUGUGCCUUUCCUGGAAGGACUUCAUCAGUGAGGCUGAACCUCUGUGGAAAAGCGUCCUGUGUACACAUUACAUGAGGGAGAAGAGGGCAGUGACGGGAGCUCCAGGGACCUACAGGGAUCUUGUGAAAAAGUACGGACGUUGGUUCAAUGGACACAACAGCCACUUGUGCUCAGCUGAAGAGGCCCAAAAUAUCAUGUGUCCCAUGGGUGUAAAUGAGUGGGGAAUGAUUUUUGAGAGAGAACUUGGGAGAAUUACUGCAAACAUCCCUUUCUAAUUGCUACUUUUAUGAGACAACAGCUUUGAAAUAUGCAAUUGUCAUACACUACACUUCGGAUUUAUGCAGCCUCUACAAUCUCCCACAGCUCAAUUUGCAUUGUGAAAUGCAAUAUGUGCACAUCGACUUAAUUAUAUAUUGUUUUAUGAUCCUUUAGGAUGAAGGGAGUGAGGUGUGUAAUGCUACAGAGCAGAGGGAAAGGAGAGCAGAUUAUGGUAGAGGUUUGAUUGAACAUAUUCCAGAGACAUUCAGGUCUAUACUUGCAUGUACAAAGUCAUUUAUGGUGUCAAUGCUCGCAAGACGAUGCAGUGUAAUGCACAACGGGAUGAUAGAGUGCGUGAUUUACCUUGCACAGGUAUUUUCAAGUCUCUUCAAAUGGCAACAUAAAACAGUCAAAUUGGUUUUCUGAUCAGUCACUGGGCAUUAGUCAUCUCUUCUUUACAGCCCUGAGCUGAUGGUGUAAAUUCCCCAUUCCAACCACUCUUGCUUCUCACAGUGACACUAAGCACAGCAUAACCCAGCAGAAUUAAAAGUGUAUUUUUUUAUAAAGAGCAUUACACAAGUAGACAGUGCGUGGUGGUAUCGGCACUUUGGAGGCGAGGAUUGGUAGGGCAGAUGGGUUGUGAAAUGGCCAAACCUGAUGGGCUGACCUCUCGUGUAGUGCCUGGCUGCUCUACAGGAUUGCUUCCACGUCAAACAAAUUGGUCAAACAUGCCGAAUCGCGGUCAUUCUGAAUAGAGUCCACGGCUCGUUGAGGUUUUCCUGCAUAAAAUAAAUAGAAUGACUUAUUGUUACGGGAAUAGACUUAGCGAUCCACUCAGAAUGUCGUCCAUAUUCAGGAACUACGUAAAAGCAGAGGCUAGGCAAUUUGCUUCGCAGUCAUCAUUGACAGACACUGAUUUACCACUACAACUCAAUUGAUUUAUAUGCUAUGAAAGGUGAAACAUACAUUUGGAUACUUUAUGGCUAUUGAUCUCCUUCCUGCGCUAAUGAAUGGGUUUACUGGAGUAGAUACCUGCUCAUACAGCCAUUUUAAUGAUGAAGGUGGUUGACAUUUUACCAAUACUUUUUUUAAAAUCAACUUUGCACUUACUGUUUGGGUCAUAAUAUAUGUUUAACUUUUAUUUUUGUAUUUAUUACAGCAACACUUUUGAGACUCCCUGCAAUGCUGUUAUCAGAGUCCUUGUCAUGUGCUACUUAUGCUGUGUGUAUGUAUAUUGAACUUCUUUCACAUCACACUGAGUAGAAGGAUGCACUUAUUUUAUCUCUUCAUGUUCUAGACACGGUGAGGGAAGCAUCUAUUUCAAUAGGCAUUGGUAAUUAUUUUGUUGGGUUUUUUUACAUACGACGAUAUGCAAAACUCGCCUAAAUUCACCGAUGGCUUGUAAAGAAUAACUUUAAUUGGCUGGUUAAUUUGAUCGAGGGCAUGUGAUUUAAAAGGGAUUGUGUCAAUUAAUGCCACUCAAUUGUACUUGACAGCCAACCGUGGGAUGAACGCAAGUAGAAACGUCCCAUAGAUGUGCAUUCAUAAGUCCUGCAGCUCCUACAGCAACCCACACAAGGACACCAUUUCAACGGGUUAAUUUACUUGCUCCAAAUUAUUACAACCAAACACAAGCACUUGUGUGUGAUUAAACAUGUAGUACAUUGAUAACUUUAUUCUGUUUUGUAAGAAGAUCUGGAAUAAAAAUGUCCAUGCUGUGUGUAA